GAUGACACGGGGUACCUGACUCCCCAAGUCAUGGAAGUAUUGGUAGCGGACGACCGUUGAGCCACAGGUAGAAAAACAUGAAGUUCGGAAAGAGCAUCUGUGUGCUCAACGUUGGGGGGACUCGCUAUGCCUUCACCCGCGAAGUGAUCAGGGAUUUCCCUCUGAGGCGCGUCAGUCGCCUGCAUGCAUGCGCAACUGAGAAGGAGGUUCUGGAACUCUGCGAUGACUACGACCGGGACCGGAAUGAAUUCUUCUUCGACCGUCACGCACAAGCGUUUGUGUUUAUCAUGCUGUACGUGCGAUCCGGGAAACUCCGCUUGGUCCCCGGAGUGUGUGAGCUUUCGUUCUACACGGAGAUGCUCUACUGGGGACUGGAGAGUGCGCAUUUGGACUCUUGCUGCCAGAAGCGCCUGGACGACAGGAUGUCCGAGAUCGGUUUGGAUGACCUCUCCGAGGCAGAUGUGGUGGUGUCGGGGGAUGACUCCCAAAGCUCGUCUGAAAAGGGACCACGGGGUGCGCUCACCGGCCGCGCAAAAUGGCUUGAGAUGAUGCGUAAAACCUUCGAAGAGCCGAACUCGUCCGUGGCGGCGCAGCUCCUGGCGUCAGUUUCUGUCAUUUUUGUGCUCGUGUCGAUGGUGAUGUUGUGUGCUAGCACUCUGCCAGACUGGGACACAGCCAAGAGGAACACAGUGGAAGAGCACAGGAUUGUGGAGGCCGUCUGUAUCGGCUGGUUCACCGCUGAGUGUAUUGUCCGCUUCUUAGUGGCCAGGAGCAAGUGGGACUUUCUCCGCCGACCUCUCAACAUCAUAGACGUGAUUGCCAUCACACCCUAUUACGUCACCAUGGCCUUGGCCCGGGCAGGGAUGCCCGGGGCAGGGCUGGGAGUAGCAGGGAUCAUCCUGAGAGUGCUGAGGAUGAUGAGAGUGUUCUGGCUGAUGAAGCUGGCACGGCAUUUCCUGGGUCUGCAGACUCUAGGCCUGACUCUGAGGCGCUGCUACCGGGAGAUGGUUAUGCUGAUGGUGUUUGUGUUUGUUGCCAUGGCGAUAUACAGUGCUCUGGCUCAGCUUUUGGAGCACGGCUUGGACUUGGGCGGUCGGAACAACGAUUACGCCAGCAUCCCAGCAGCUGCCUGGUGGGUCAUCAUCUCCAUGACGACUGUAGGUUAUGGGGACGUCUACCCAGUGACAAUUGGUGGACGUGUGUUGGGGGGCAUGUGCGUGGUGAGUGGAAUUGUACUGCUGGCGCUGCCCAUCACCUUCAUUUAUCACAGUUUUGUACAGUGCUACAAUGAACUCAAACUGCGCUCAGCCAGAUACGCCCGCAGUCUCUCCACAUCCGUACUGCGAUGAACUUCACGGGAAGACCAGAAGAGAAAAAUCAUAAUUUGCCUGACCAAGAUUAUUUGUUUAUAACCGAAGCGUACGGGCAUCUCUUAACUGACGAAACAUCCGUAAAUAAAUGCAUUUUUUUUUUGACAUGACAAAAACGCAUUAACAACAUCCAGUGAUUAUAGCAUUUUUAUUCCGGCUAUGUGUCUAGCAUCAUUUUUAUAUCUCCUAAUCAAAGCAAUAAAGGAUUAUUUUUUUCCAGUUUAAGACAAAAACAGCAUUGAAAAAAAUAGUUUAUGCCAUUAUUUGGUUUAAUGUAUACAACCACAUCAUUUUUAGGCAUCAAUAAAUGCAAGGGAAUGGGUAAGAAAAUAUCCAUGUUCAUGUUAUUAUAUAAACACAAUGAAUUUCUGUACUAUGAAAGGCUGACAUUCUUUAAAAAAAGAACUGAAUUGAUGUUGAUUUUCCCCCAUGAAAAAUGGUCCCAUUUUCUGCCUUCUUGAACAGUCAGCAUAAUUAUAUUUAUAUUUAUAUUAUAUUUUCUACCCAUUAUAAUUCACUACAUUUUUUUUUACAAUAUACAGUAUGUCUUGUUUUGGGUGUUAUGCAGAAGGCAUCAUUUCAGAGAAUUGGAACAUUGAGCUGCAUGUGAUUUUCACAGUUUGCUGCUGUCUAGUACGACCAUGCCUUUCAUUUGGUCCCUUCAUAACAGAAUAUGGAAGCAGGAGUAGUGUAGUUUAUUAUGUCAAAUCCAGCAUUGUAGAAUAUGUUCUUCUACACUGCACCCCAGCAUCAUAAAGAUGAUUGAGGCAUCUCUAUUUUUAUGUAUUUCUGUUCUGUGCGCGUGUGCUUGUGUGUCUAGCAGCCUUUCACUGUAAGUCUACGGCCUUUACCAGGAAGCUCAGAUUUUUUGAAGAAAGCUGUAUGACCUAGAUGCAUUUUGUUAAACUUGGGACAUCGACGGUGUAAACAAGCUCAAGCACACAGGUGGGCUUAACAUCCAGGGUAAGGCUAAGCUGUAGAUGAUUAAAUAUUAAGAAGGGUCAGCAAGGACUGCAGACAAACAAAGGACAGCAUACAAGACAAAAGCGCUGUUAUGUGAUGUCUAAAAAGGAAAGGCAGGGAAAUAUUGCAGUGGAGAGAGUGAAAUGACAAAACGUAUGUUGUGCCUUCACAAGGCGCAAAUGUGAGGCAUUUUGUAUUUAACUGUAUCUCCAUGGCAACCUUCAUCUUGACAGGAAUAAUAGAAGUGGAUGGUGUAUAUACAGUAUAUACACCAUGUUGGCCAUGGUGAAACGCUGUAUAGUAUUUCACAAAGAUUACGUGAUAGUUUUGGGGUAACCGUGUGUGCUGGAUAUGACUGACCACAUGUGAACAUCUACACAAUACUGAUUAUCUUGUCUCACCAAUUCUUUGUGUAUGAGAAUUUUUUUAACACACCAGCAAAACAAGGCCUAUCAUCGCUGCGUAUGCGUGCUAGAAUUUAAGUCUGCACUUGUUAUUCCUUACUGAGUGUAUCUGAAGGUCAUCUUGCCGUGCUUUGUCCUUUGUAUAGUUAUGUGCAAAAAGGUAGCAUAUAGGUCUGAGUUUCUGGAUUCAUGACCUUUCAAUUGAUGCUGUUUGUAUACGAGUAAAAAGUGGCAAAAACUGUA